GACUCAUCCACUGUUCGUUACCCUAAAAUUGGUUUCGGCAAAUUAAUGCUACUGAAUAAAAGAGUUGCCAGGACGACAUGUCUUAAAUAAGAUCUGUAUUGGUGAUCUCUGUAGCCCCAGCGAGUAAGUGGUCGGUCCCUAAGGGAUUAUUGUGUGGUCGUCAUUCCUCGUGCAAGGUCAGUUAACGCUACUGGACAAAGAAGUGCCAGGUCGACACGUCUUAAAUAAGGGAUAAAGGCACUCUUCAAGAUGGCGUCGUUGUUCGAGUACCCUCGAUUGAUCAAGGAACUUUUCUCAAGGUCCACAACAACGAAGACCUUCGAGUCUCUUAUCCUUAUCUUCCUUAUUCUUUGUGCACUUCUCGGCAACUUACUUGUCUGUUAUGUAGUAACUAAGAACUCCCGCCUUAGGACUGUAUCGAACACGUUGGUGCUGAAUCUCGCUAUUUCUGACGUCCUGAUGGCAUCCCUUUGUAUGCCCUUGUCUUUGGGAGUUCUCAUCGCUGGAGAAUGGCCGUAUGGGAAUAUAGUGUGUGACAUGCAUGGAUUCUUAAUCUUUUCAUUUGGAAUUGUUUCAGAGGCGACAAUGUGCUCUAUCGCCAUCAAUCGCUUCUUCGCCAUUACUCGACCCUUCAGCUACACUUCAGUUUUCACGCCACAAAACAUUCGUAUCAUCAUCGUGUUUCUAUGGUUACUGCCAUUAUUAGCAAGUGUACCGCCAUUUGCUGGCUGGGGUUACUAUGCUUUCCAGCCCGGCAAAGCCUUUUGUAUUUACCCCUUUAAUGUCAACAUCGUAUAUACCGUUCUAGUCGAGGUGUUAUUCAUUUUUACGCCCAUGAAUAUCAUUAUCAUAAGCUACAAGAAAUGCUACACAGCGAUGAAACAGAACAAUCGACGUGUGGCUGAUAUGACGGUCAGUGGGUCAGUGGAUAGCCGUAGAAGGGAGCAGGAGUCCAGGGCAACUCGGACAAUGAUGACCGCGACUGCUGGGUUCAUGCUGUGUUGGAUGCCUGUUGCUGUUAUUGAUUUUGCUGAUAUCUUUACAGGUGGAGGCAACCUGCCUCGUCAAGUCUACAUGCUGAAUGCUUAUCUCAUUUACAUAUCCAGUACGAUCAACCCGUUUAUCUACUGGCUCAUGAACAAGGACUUCAGGCGAGCCUUUAAAGAGGUCUUACCUUUCUUCAGCGCGACUUCAAUAGAUAGUGGUAUUAAUUCCAUGACCAGAGGAGACAGAUCUGUUGGUGCUCCUACAGAUGUCACUUUACAGAGCUGAAAAGGACCAACUCAACCUUGACCUAAUAC